UCUGCAUGUCUGCGUGAUCUCCGCCUAUAAAAGCUCAUCUGUCACGUGGGUGCUACAGUCAGUGGCCUGCAGAGGAGCUCAAGUGUGUGUCAGAGAAAAAGGAAACAGCAGACUGCACUCGGCCUUCCUCAGCUGCUGAGCCUUCCCAUCAUAAACUGUAAUCAUGUCCAGAAACCUGCUGAGGAAUCCCAGUGGGGAAGAGCAGCUGGAAUUCUGGGAGCUGACGGAGAACGGUGGCAGCCAGUGGAAGGUGGAGGAAAUGCCGGGAGACUGUGGUCACGACUUCUGCAUGGACGGAGUGGCUAAAUACUUUGCAACCUCCUUUGAGUUGUGUCUGAAGAGGCAGGUGAUCGACCUGUUAGCGGAGGGUUACACCUCUGACCAGCUGGACGCUCAGCCUGCUGUCAGCGUGGAGGACUGGUAUUGCGCCAGGACAGACUGCGGCUGCACCUACGAGCUGACUGUGAGUCUGCUGGACGAGAACCAGGAAGUCUUACAGGAGUUCAAACCUGAGCCGGUGACCCUGGACCCCGACAGUGACGACUGUUCAUGGAAACAGGUCAGCCAUACUUUCUCUGACUACGGCCCUGGAAUGCGUUUCAUCUCCUUUGAACACGGAGGACAAGAUGCCAAGUUCUGGGAUGGUUGGUAUGGAGUCCGAGUGACCGGGAGCUCUGUUACUGUUGAGGUCUGAACAAGAGAAAGGAACCAAGGAAUACAGUAAGGAGGAGGAGAACAUUUAGCUAGACCAAACAUGAGAGCUUCACAGUGUCAGUUCUGAGGUAUCCAGAGGACCAGCUUUGCCUUAUGCUUCUGUAUUCAGUGCAUUUUGCUGUUCGUGCUGUGGAGACAUGCAGCUGUUAUUAGGAUUGUAGUUACACAUCUGUAAAACGACACGACACACUUUGGCUUUACUAACCUGAAAAUACUUAAAACUCCUGCUUGCAACCAGUCAUUAACUGUAAUCUGUUGACUACUACCUCUGCAGUGACACAUCCUGGGGUUAAACUGGGUGGUUUGUUUUGGUGGUUGGGGUGCUGAAAGUGAUCACAUGUUUUAACUUUCACAUGGAAAAUAAAAUGAAAUAAAUUGAACUGUUCAUACAGAA